UCGGCCCCGCCCGACUUGACGUUUACCCCCUAACGGCUGCGUUUCACCUCUACAACACCGACUGCAUCGGGUCGCACGCAACUCGAACCACUGCCACUUGCAAACAUACGAGCUCGUCUUUCACGAAAACAACUACCACACCACCCUUCACUCACCUUCGAAACCGUUACCGCAUCUCCACGAACUUGUCCAAUACGACCAUCAACAAAGCUUGGACCAGAACAGACCCUUCCCAGAACCUACAUAUUCCCCCCUUCACCUCGCCGCCACCUGUCCGCCUCUUUCACCAUGUCUUCCGACAACAGCAAUUCGAAUCAGACCAACAACGAUAUGGCGCGCCAACAGAGACGGGGUUCUGUGACUGCUUCAUCUGCCGCUCUGGCAAGCCUCUUCCGAAGCAACUCCAUCACACAGGGCCAGCCACCUAACUUCCCCGGAACAUCUGCCGCCAUCAACGAGCAACGUCGGAGACUCUCCAUCACCACCCUCGGCCUGUCCGGAACAUCGCCGUCGGCUUCCUUUAUGCGUCGUGCCAGCCUCUCCACCAACAACUCGGAACUGGCUGAAGAGAACGCCAUUGAUGAAGAUGAUUCUGCCCGCACCGCUCCAGCCGUUCCCUUCGGUCGCCGCAUGAGCCUAGGUGCCCGAGGUCCUUGGGGUGGUGUAAGCCCUGGGACAAAUGGUAGGCCGUCCCCACCAACCCGCAAUGAUAGCACUUCCCUUCGUGGCCCUCCUCCUACUUCACCGCCUGUCUCGUCCCCGGGCACUGGUAACUACAUAUGGGGAAAGACGUCUUCCCAGGCAAACAUUGCUACUCCACUUAAGACCCCUUCUGAUGUGUUAUCUCCUCGUUCAGAGCAAGGUUUCAACUGGUCCGAGCAGCUUCGAUCUCGUGCUGAGAGCACCGUUUCUGGUCAACGGCACUCAAUCUCCUUUACCUCGGGCCUCAGUGGCUCGCCUCCUGGCGCCGGCUUUAGACGCCCAUCUCCGCCAGCCUCGACCCCUCAACAUGACCGGGCCAAAUCUGUCUCCGAAAUGCCGGCGCCUCCCGCCCAGGCGCCGAAGGCACGACCUGUCCCACAAAAGCCCGAUCCCUUCCAGGAGCGCAUUCUGAAGGGCGACUUUUACAUGGACUGAGCGCGGUCCAUCAACCACUGGCUUGACGUUGUUUUCUUUUACAUCGGUUUUUACAACAUGACAUGUCUGCUUUUUCUUUCUGGGACUGGGGCAUCAGUUUGCUCCGCCCUCAUGCACCG